GGCCAUGUGAACCCAAAAACCACUAACAAGGAAGACAAUACAAUAGCACCCUUGUUUCUUAUACUGUUGUACAGGAUAAGACAUAAGCUGUCAUACAAACAAAGUAAGUACACAUUAGGUUUUUAAAAAAUUUAAUAGACUAGAAUCUAACUCCUUUCAAAUGUUCCCUCACUUUUCAGAGUUCAGUUAGUUCAGUCAGUGUAUCGCCAAAUGGAAUGAUUCAGAAUCUUUAAAAAGGUUUUUAAGUAUUUUGUUUUCUAAUUCAGCACAAGAUAAAGAAUCAAAACCUUCCAGACAAGAACUACAUGUCACAUCAUGAACGGUAUUUCGUUAACAAACGAUCUAGUCAUCCGGAUCCCAUUUGUUAAACAUCCGGAUAAUCAAGUUUUGUGCAAGAGGUUUGCCCAAGGAGGUUUAUGCUCGAACCGGAAGUUAAGCUUGUUUAAUAACUUUACUAAACUCUAAACGUACAAGAAGAUAGUAACGUCAGUUUUCCUCACAGAAUUCUACACUGAACGAACGCUGUCGCCGAGAGAAAACAACAACAUGGUUUGUGACAAGUGUCAGAAAAAACUUGGAAAAGUGAUCACGCCUGACCCUUGGAAAGCAGGAGCCAGAAACACCACUGAAGGGGGUGGCCGAAAAAUUGGAGAGAAUAAAGCUUUGAGUUCAAGAAAAAACAGAUUCAAUCCAUAUUCAUCAAGUUUUGAAAAAUGUCGCAUUUGCAAGACAACAGUUCAUCAGCCAGGAUCACAUUACUGUCAAGGUUGUGCAUAUAAAAAAGGUAUAUGUGCUAUGUGUGGGAAGAAAGUGUUGGAGACUGCCAACUACAGACAGAGCUCCACGUGAUGGAACAGUUUGAUCGGGGGAGGGAAGGAUUUUCAUUCUGGUCAGGAGGCAGCAAUUGUGAGAACUUUGGCCACAGCUCAGAGAUUGUGAUGUUUUGCUGUAUGAGCAGAUUUUUGUUCUUAACCUUGGAAACAUGCACUGUUUUACCCGAAAGCCUGGCCACCAUGGCCGAUCAUUUGUAAAUAUGGGGGUUUGGUGGGGGGUAUCAGGUAAGAUCUACACCCGCUACUGAAAAAUGACCAUUUACAGCUCAUAAGAUGAUGAGAAACUAAUAAAACCAUCUUUUCUCAAAGCUUAUAGGAUGAGCUAUUCAAAAGUGAUAAGCAAUGAAACAAUUAUUUUACAAACAAAAGUGCAAGACACAGUGAAGUCAAUUAUUAGCAAAGUAGCACAGUGGAACAAGUGAUAGCAUAUAGCGUGUAGUUGUUCAAAUAGACAGAGUCACUUUAUCGAUCAAUAUCUGGGCUGAAGGACGCACAACGAAUUCAAAAUAACUUUCAGACUCACUGGUCACUUGCAAUUUGUUAAACCAUUUACCAUAUGAGCCAUUGUCAAAACAUGAGACUCAAGCGAGUCUCAUAGUGAUGCAAAAUAUUUUUUCUGAUCAAUUUGACUCCUUUUUCUGUCAGUCACAGAUUGACAUCUAGUGUCGGUAUUUCUGAAAAGUACUCGAUAUCAGAACAAGGAGAUGCAGGGUUGCGGAGCAUGGGUCAGUUGGUUUGGGACUACCAUAUUAUUUCUUGUAUGUAACAGUGAUAACAAAAACAGAUAAAGUAAGCAUGUCAAGUUGUGUACUUAAAAGUAGACAAAGAAUUUAUUCACUAUGAACUCGAUUCAUAGUGGCAAUAUAAAUGACAAACAUUGUAACAAUGAUGCAGUGCACAGAACAUGUUAUCAUUGUUUUGUACAUUUUCAAUGACAACACAUCACGAUAGUUACCAGUAACUCAGUAGGCCCACGUAGUAUUUUUUCAAUGGAACGGAGGCUGAAAAUGGCAGUCAAAGAAAAUUAAACAUAACAUUUAAUAUCAUGCUUUUCAUGCAAUCAAAAAUGUCUAAACCCAUGCAUAUUAUAUCAUUUUUAGAGAAAUGAACACAGAUGUGAAAAGGAGAAAUGCAAAACAGUGUUAGUUUAAAAAAUUGCAGUAAACGACCAAACUUACAAUUUUUUGUUAGAAACAAUAGAACAAAAUGUUUCCACUUUUUUGGUAACCCUUGAAGCAUGCACCGUCUUAACAGAAGUAACCCGCCCCAAAUGCCCCACCACUACAGCGGAUAACACAUAGCUUGUAACAGCAGCCAAUAAUCCUAAACGUGGUUAGAUUUGCAGUGAACAAUCCAAAGGCAUACUCCCAAUGAUGCAGGAAAGUUCCAUGGCUGUAGCGCAUGAAGUACUUUAGAUAUAUUACAUUCGCAGUGAAAGAACAUAAAAUAAAA